AUGGAGGAAAAUACAGAAAAAGUAUUAAUUAAACAGGGCGCAGAAUCUGUAGCAUAUAAAACUUUGUUUUUACCUGAAAUAACAUGCUUUUUGAAAGUUAGACUUGCAAAGCUUUAUAGACAUCCGCUUUUAGAUGAACGUUUGACAAAACAUCGGAUUAACAUAGAAGCUAGGCUUCUAUAUAAAUGUUACAAAGGCGGUGUUAGUUGCCCUUCUAUAUAUUUUAUAGACAUAAAAAAAAGGGAGCUUUGGAUUGAAUGGAUUGAAGGAAAAACAGUGAAAGAUCAACUUAUACAAUGGGAAAGUAAUAUUAGCAUGUAUGAACAGGUUUACAAGCCAAUCAUGGAGUCAAUUGGCCGUAAUAUUGGGUUAAUGCAUCAACUAGAUGUUGUUCAUGGUGAUUUAACAACAAGUAAUAUCAUGAUUCGUUUACAAUCUUCUCAACAGUCAUUUUUGCCUUUAGCAAAUUCAAUAAAAAGCGAUGAAAUUGUAAUUAUUGACUUCGGUCUAGGAUCUGUUACGCAAAUGAUUGAAAAUAAGGCAGUAGAUUUAUAUGUUUUAGAAAGGACAUUUCAAAGCACUCAUCCACAAAGCAGUUUUAUGUUUAAACACAUUAUAGAUGCAUAUUCAGAAUCAUGGAAAGAUGCUAAACACGUUUUAAAACGUCUAGAACAAGUUAGAUUGAGAGGAAGAAAAAGAAACAUAGCUGGUUAA